AUGGAGAAAGGAGAGCACACAAAAUGGCACAUUGCAGAUGGAGCUGCUUGUGUGAAAAAUAUACUGAUGCCAUUGCAACUGUCUGCAGAAGAGAUACUUUGGCAGCAAUGUUCAAUAUUGUCAAUAGCAGUAGCAAUAACAAGCACCAAGGAUGUUACAAGGAGGAGACAAGCAGCCAUUCACACCUGGGCACCAGUGUUCAGUGCUGUUCAUUGUGGUGGCAAUAGGAGAGGGACACACUUGUCCUGCCAACUCUGGGGAAAGUUCCCUUCAUCAGCACUAGCAAAGGAUGGAGAUAUUACAUUUGGUGGUAUUUUUACACUUCAUUACAAAGGAGCUACCCCUGAAGCAUCUUACAGUGCAGGCCCUCUGAAUCCUGGAUGUGUUGGAUUUAACUUAAGGGCUUUUCGAUGGGCACAAGGAAUGAUUUUUGCAAUUGAAGAAAUAAAUCAAGAUGAAUAUCUUCUGCCAAAUAUUACACUGGGCUAUAAGAUCCAUGACUCCUGUGCCAAUCCACCAGAGGCCCUGAGAGCAACUUUAAGUCUGGUCAAUGGAGAAGAAGACAUAAGCACUCUUAAUUCCACAUGCAAAGAUCGAUCGGUUGUUGCUGUGAUUGGCUGCUCCGGGUCAACUCAGUCCAUUACAAUAGCAAGAAUUCUGGGCUCUUUUGGGAUACCACAGAUAAGUUAUUUCUCUUCUUGUGCAUGCUUAAGUGACAAACAUGAGUUUCCUACAUUUUUUCGGACCAUACCCAGUGAUUACUUUCAAGUACAAGCUUGGGUGAAAGUAGUAAAACACUUUGGCUGGACAUGGAUUGGAGCAUUUGGCUCAGAUGAUGCAUAUGGCCAUUUUGGAAUUCAGUCUUUUUUAGAGGAAAUUAAAAAGAUUGAUGCCUGCAUUGCUUUUGCUGAAUAUUUUCCAGCUGUUUAUACUAAAGGCAAAAUACAAGAACAUAUUGAACUUAUCAAAAAAUCUAAAGCAAAAGUGAUUCUGGUUUUUGCUACUGAGAUUGAUAUGUACAUAUUGGCAAAUGAACUGCUUAAACAAAAUGUGACAGGAAUUGUAUGGCUGGCUAGCGAGAGUUGGGCCACUGCUGGACUCCUGUCAACCAAGGAAAUGUUUGGAACUCUUGGGGGUUUACUAGGACUUGGGAUUCAAAGAAGCACCAUUAAAGGAAUUAAAGAUUUCCUUCUUAGAAUCCAUCCUGCUGACUAUCCUGGAAAUGUGUACAUCAAGGAGUUUUGGGAAACCACCUUUAAAUGCACAUUGGCAUCCCAGAACUAUAACACGCUUCCAUACCCAGACAGAAAAUGCACAGGCUUUGAAAGUUUACAGUCGGUCACAAAUAUUUAUACAGAUGUCUCUCAGUUGAGAAUUACUUAUAAUACAUACAAAGCGGUGUAUGCAAUUGCUCAUGCGCUUCAUAAUGUACUGUUUUGUGAAAACAAUACAAAAAUAUGUCAUAGUGUUAAAGAAAUAAAGCCUUGGAAGGUUACACACAGCUUGAAAGAAGUUCAAUUUAAAAUAAAAACAGGUGAUGAAAUACAGUUUGACCAUAAUGGUGAUCCACGUCCUUCCUAUGAUAUAAUCAAUUGGCAGCUAGACAUUAAUGGUGACGUGCAGUAUGUAGACAUUGGGUUCUAUGAUGGCUCUGCUGAGGAAGGCUACGAGCUUACAAUUAAUGAAGAUAACAUCAUUUGGAAUGGAGGGCAAAAAAAGGUAAUAACGUCCUCGUGUAGCGAAAGUUGUCCACCAGGAACAAGAAAAGCAACUAGAGAAGGUGAACCAAUCUGCUGCUUUGACUGUGUUCCUUGCGCACAGGAUGAAAUCAGCAAUUCAACAGACUCCAUAGAUUGCAUUAGAUGCCCGUGGAAUCACUGGCCGAAUUCCAUGAAAAACACAUGCCUUCCAAAAGCAGUGGAAUAUCUCUCCUUCAGCGAAAUGAUGGGAAUUAUACUAAGUGCUCUUGGGGUUGCUGGUGCCUGCUUGACUGUGUUUGUGGCGGCAGUUUUCUUUCACUUUCGAAGCACCCCCAUUGUGCGAGCUAAUAAUUCAGAAAUCAGCUUUCUUUUGCUGUUUUCUUUACUCCUUUGUUUUCUCUGCUCCUUUUUGUUCAUCGGUGAACCAUCUCACUGGUCUUGUAAGCUCAAGCAUGCAGCCUUUGGAAUCACAUUUGUUCUUUGCAUUUCUUGUGUUUUGGGGAAGACGUUGGUUGUUAUAAUGGCAUUUAAAUCAACCCUUCCAGGUCACAACAUCAUGAAGUGUUUUGGGCCCUUGCAACAGAGGCUAAGUGUAUUUUUCUUCACUUUUAUUCAAAUAAUAAUCUGUAUUCUUUGGAUUGCAAUUUCACCCCCUUUCCCAUCAGAAAAUGCAAAAUAUUUUAAAAACCGUAUAAUUUUUGAAUGUAAUUUGGGAUCGGUGGCUGCUUUUUGCUUUGUACUGGGUUAUAUUGGAUUCCUCUCCAUUAUGUGCUUCAUUUUAGCAUUUAUAGGCAGGAAGUUACCUGAUAAUUUUAAUGAAGCAAAAUAUAUAACUUUUAGCAUGUUAAUUUUUUGCGCUGUGUGGAUAACAUUUAUACCAGCUUACCUUAGCUCUCCAGGAAAGUACACUGUGGCAGUGGAAGUAUUUGCAAUUUUAUCUUCCAGUUUUGGCGUACUGUUAUGUAUAUUUGCUCCUAAAUGCUAUAUAAUUUUACUUAGGCCAGAGACAAACACAAAAAAGCAUGUAAUGGGUAGGUCUAUCAGCUCUGCAAAAAUUUAG